AUGGUCUUCGUAGAUGUCUGCCGCGCCGUCUACGACUAUGCGCCGCAGUCGGAGGAGGAGUUAGAGAUCAAGGAGGGCGACCUACUCUUCAUACUGGAGAAGAGCAGCGAUGACGACUGGUGGAAGUGCAAGAAGAAGGCUGCCUCGGACGAUGACGAGGAGCCGGAGGGGCUCGUGCCCAACAACUACGUGGAGAGUAUACAGCCAUUAUACAAGGCCAAGGCUCUAUAUGAUUAUACCCGCCAGACGGACGAAGAGCUGAGCUUCAAAGAUGAGGAGAGACUCGACGUGUUUGAUGAUAGCGAUCCGGAUUGGACACUUGUCGGAGGCAACGGAGAAUAUGGCUUUGCACCUGCGAUUUAUAUCGAAAAGACAGCAGCAACGGCAGGCGCAUCAGCACCAUCAGCAUCCGCGGUACCUGCUGCAGCGGCAUCACUGCCAUCACCGCCGCGCGUGCAAAGAGAGCUCGCUGCGCCUCCACCAAUGCCUUCCAGACCAAUGGCCAUGGACGAGCCUCUACCUGGCGAAGCAGACUACCCUGGUCCAGAUCCUGGCAUGGCACCAACACCUUCGCCCGAGCCUGCAGGUCACAACCCAGCGGCAGCAUUGGCUGGCAUAAUCGCGCAAAGGACAGGCGGUGGCCAGCAAUCGUUCGGUAUGGAUCGCGGUCUUGCUUCUCCACCACUUCCUUCACGACCACAGUACACUCCUGAAGAAAGUGAGGAAGAUCUGGCCCCUCCCAUGCCACAACGGCCACGAUCAGAAGCUCUACCUUCACCUCCACCCACCCAGCACGCUUCGCCGCGUUUUCAAGAACCUCCUGGUGUGCAGCCUUCGCCACCAUACAACCGACACACUGGCUCAUACUCGCCAGCAGGAUUUACACCUGCCGAUGAUGAAUUCGACAACCUGCGCUCGCCUGGUGCCUUCCACCUCUACAACGUUCACGAGAUGAUCUCGCAUAUGGGCAAGAACAAGAAGAUGCCUACCACUCUUGGCAUAAACAUUGCACGCGGCAUGAUCAUGAUCUCGCCGGAAAAGAGCAGAGACGGACCGAGUCAGGAAUGGUCGGCAGAGAAAUUGACACACUACAGUAUCGAAGGCAAGCACGUUUUCGUGGAGCUCGUGAGGCCUAGUAAGAGCGUAGAUUUUCACGCCGGAGCAAAGGAUACGGCGCAGGAGAUUGUGGCACAGCUUGGUGAUCUGGCGGGUGCAGUGCGGCAGGAGGGAUUACGCGAAGUCCUGGCAGCAAGCUCAGGGACUGCAGGAAGUGGGCAGAAGAAGGGCAAGAUGUUAUACGAAUUCAUGGCGCAGGGAGAGGAUGAAGUGACGGUGGCUGUCGACGACGAAGUCAUUGUGCUGGAUGACCGAGCGAGCGAAGAGUGGUGGAAAGUGAGGCGCAUGAAGAACGGCAAGGAGGGUGUAGUACCGUCUUCAUACGUCGAGAUCACCGGAACCUUGUCUGGACCGAAUGACAGCAUAUCUGGUCUUAAUGCUGCACGAAGUACGGUCGAUCAGAACCGAGCGGAAGAGGAACGGCUGGCGAGGCAAGCUGCCAAGGAUAAUCAAAGUCGUGAUUCGGCUGGCAUUCCUGAGCGAGAGUCUUCGCUUGCUGGUGGAAACAAUCGGCGGCAUGGCAGGAGCUCGAGCAAUGACCAGAAGCGACCAUCCAAGGACUCCGGCGCAUCGAAGAGCAAACCCAAUCAGGCGCGCAUCAGGACCUGGACCGAUCGAUCUGGCACCUUCAAAGUUGAAGCUGAGUUCAUUGGCCUACGCGACGGCAAGAUCCACUUGCACAAGAACAACGGCGUCAAGAUCGCGGUGCCGGUCAGCAAAAUGGCUGUUGAAGAUCUGGAGUACGUUGAGGCUGCUACUGGCAAAUCUCUCGACGAGGACAAGCCCCUUAGUGAGAUCAAGCGCCAAAGUACGAUGAGGAAGAAGGAAGCGGAUCGCAGGACGAAUGAAACAGGAGCUGGCGCGACAAUUCAGAAGGAUAGUGGAUACGACUGGUUCGAUUUCUUCUUGUCUUGUGGCGUCAAUCCUCAGAUUUGUGAGCGAUAUGCAAGUGCUUUCAGCAGGGAUCAAAUGGGUCCUGAGGUUUUACCAGACGUCAAUGAGCAAUUGCUGCGAACGCUAGGAUUGAAGGAAGGCGAUAUCUUGCGGGUCAUGAAGUCCUUGGAUGCGAAGUAUGGACGGGCACACAAAGCUGGCGCUGGACCUUUGAGUCCGAGUUUGCAGCAGGACGACUCUAUUGCGCCCGUCAACGGUAGCGGAAGUGGACUGCUUAGUGGGCCGGGCGGAGCAUUGAGGAAUAAUACACGAAAAGGACGGCCCGCGCCGCCUGUUCAGACUAAUGAUGUGGUCGACGAGUCUGCAUUCAAGCGAGCUGAUGGCUCGGCGAAGAGAGAGGUACCGAGCGAAGGGAGAGCUACAGCACUUGCAGGCGCGCCAGCCAGGCAACCUACUGGUGGAUUUGACGAUGACGCUUGGGAUGUGAAGCCUGCGCGGACGCAAGCAGCUGCUGCGGUCAUGAAUGCUUCAGCGCCUGUCGCCGAGCCACUGAAAGCAGCGCCUGCCCCUCAGCCGAAAAUGAAUGAUGACCUGGCUCUACUCGCUAUGCCAUUACAACCAACGGCUACUGGUGCAGCUCCUGCCAUCUCUGCUCCGGCUCAGACGCCAGCAACCGCAGCUGCGCCGCAAGCGGCCGCGGCACCAUCAGCAGCUCAGCAACAGCAAGGCGCCGACCAAGCACUUUUCGAGAAGAUUGCUGCAUUGGCGCCACCACGACAAAGGCCUCAAGCUCCAGCGCAGAACUCGAUGGUUACUGGUCUGGCUCCUCCUCCACGAGCAGCAAGUGCGCCAGGCUUCAACCCACAGCAGCAUUUCGGUGCACCUCCUCUCCAGCCUCAGCUCACGGGUUACCAACCUCAACAGCAGCAGAUGUACCCUCAGCAGACAGGGUUCCAAGGCCAGCAGCAAUUUCCACAACAGACGGGCUUCCAGCAAGGUUUCCCACCGCAGCAACAGCAACCGCCAAUGCCACAAAUAAAUGGCGUACAAUCUGUGCAACAGAACUUCCCUGCCUUACAACCUCAACCUACGGGCAUGGCGUUCCAACCACAAAGUCAAUUUGGUCAACAACAAGCUAUACAACAAUAUCCACAACAAACUGGAUUUCAGCAACCUCAACCUAUCGGCUACAGCGGCUACCAACAAAUCAACGGUAUGCAGACUGGUGCUUCUCCCUUCGCCGACCCACCAAGAGGAGCAUACCAACCCUCACCCCUGCAACAAUCGUUCGCCCCACCACCUCCUAUGCCCCAGCAGCAGCAACAACAGCAGCCACAAGUUCAGGGUUUCGGCCAGCAACAACCUGCAUUCAAUAUCUCUCAGCCGACGGGCAUGAACGGCUACGCGCCCACAGGCAUGCAGCAGCAACAACAGCCACAGCAACAACCACAAAUGCCGCAACUCCCACCACAGCAAACAGGAGGUGUAUUUGGGCCCUCACAGCCCCUCACGCCGAUGCAGCCGCAGAAGACGGGUCCGACGCCGCCGGUGAGGUUCGGGACGGUGGGGAGGGGCGGGUUAGUGCCGCAGCCUACUGGGAGGGCGAAUUUGGCUAAGGCUACUCCGCAGAACCCUUUUGGCUUUUGA